AUGAGGAAAAGGAAGACUGAGGAUGAGAUGGGGCCCUCUGAACCUGCCAGCGUUGGGGUGCCUAGAACUGCCACUGAGGAAGCAUCCUCAGUGCUGAAACCGGACACGACCCUGAACCCUGGUGCCUCCAUGCCUCCGUUCAUGGGUCUGCCCUUUCUCCCACCUGUCCCUGGCCCAGCACACCGGCCACCCUGGGGACAGCAGCCACCACCCCUCAUGACUGCAGCGUUCCCUCCUGGAACCCCCCUGGUGCUGUCUGCUCUGCCCGCGACUCCUCUGCUGGGAGGAGAUAGUGCCCGUGGCCCGAGUGGGGCUGGCACUUUCAACGUCCUUGUGCAAGUCAGACCAGAAGCGGGGCCGGUGCAGCCCCCUCACACCCAGACCUUGGUCCUGGCUCAGGCCCCACUCAACUGGAGUGCUCCAGGAGCCCUCUGCGGGGGUGCUAAGGGUCCAGCUCCCCUACUCUGGGCAGCUCCUCCCGUGGAGACCGUGAUGCCUGCUCCAGUCAUCGGCAGUGCUCCAGUUGUUGGCGGUGCCCCAGUCCCUGGUGGUGCCCCAGUCCUUGGCAGUGUCCCGGUUGUUGGCGGUGUCCCAGCCAGCGAAGGAGGCUGGUUCAUGGGCCUUCCUCACCCGGAGCCCCCACCGGCGACCCAGCUGGUCGCCAUUGUGUCCCCAAUGAAAGCUCGGCCACAGCCCCUCGGGGCGUGCAGGGAGGGCAGCCUGCCCCCCUCCCAGGCCAACGCCUCACGGGAUGACUCCUGUAACACCAAGAGCGUCUACGAGAACUACCGACGCUGGCAGCGUUUCAAGUCGCUGGCCCAGAGGCACCUGCCCCAGAGUCCUGAUACUGAAGCGCUUUCCUGCUUCCUCAUCCCAGUGCUUCGAACCCUGGCCCGGCUGAAGCCCACCAUGACCCUGGAGGAGGGCCUGUGGCGGGCCAUGCAGGAAUGGCAACACAAAAGCAACUUUGACCGGAUGGUCUUCUACGACAUGGCAGGAAAGUUUAUGGAGUUUGAGGAAGAGGAGAUGCAGCACCAGCAGCUGCAGUGGAUAAAGGGGUCCCAGUUCCUGCCUCCACCGGCCCCUCCGAGGCCUGCUCCUCGAGGGCCCCCAGCCCCUGAGGCUGUCCAGCAGCCAGUGGUCCUUCCCAGGAAAGCUGGCCCCAAGGCCCGGCCCGCCCACCUGCCACCACCCGCACCCCAGCGGCGGCCGCCGGAGACCAAGGUGCCCAUGGAGAUCCCUGCUGAGUCCGUCAAGGAAUACGUGGACAUCAUGGACAAGCUGCUGGGGCCGCCCCACAGGGCUCUGGACGAGCCUGAUGCGCAGUGGGAAGAGGAGGCCACCGAGCAGUCUCAGGACGAGGCCGGGACGUACCCGGACCCAGGACUCCUCAGCUACGUGGACAAGCUGUGCUCCCAGGAAGGCUUCAUCACCAAGGUGGAGGCCGUGAUUCACCCCCGAUUCCUGGAAGAACUGCUUUCCCCAGAAGCAAGUAUGGACUCCUUGGCCCUAAGCCAGGAGCUGGAGCAGGAGGAGGGGCUCACCCUUGACCAGCUGGUGGAGAAGCGACUCCUGGACUUGAAGGAGAAACGGGGUGUGGGGGCAGCCCCAAGUCGUGGUGCACCCAGGUUGGACUCGAGUCCUUCUAAGUCUGCAGCUGGCCGAGGUGCAGACAGCGACGGCUGUGGCCCCCGGCUGGGGGUCGGUGCAGAGCCCUGCCCACCACAGACGGCUGCCCGUGCCCCUCAAGGACACGGCAGAGUGCAAGCCGAGCUGCCCGGGCCUAAGGCCCCUGCUCACCUCUCUGGGCAUCCAGAGUCCCCCAGGCUGAGGGCCGCCCGGCCAGCCUCGCCUCCCCAGGGCCGAAGACCCUCCUCCCCUGGCCUGGGGACCAGGGAUGCCUUAGGUCUCCCAGGAGCCUCUCCUGUCGGGGAGACGCUCAGGCCAGGCGAUGGCUCCAGUGAGGAUCAGGAGGAGCUCCCCAGCCUGACCUUCCUCCUGUCCUCCCAGUACAGGCUGGUGCCCUGGAGGCUGUCCCAGAGCCCUGUCCCUGCCCAGCCCCCAUCUGCUCAGAGAAGAGGCCUCAGCCUCACUGCCCCUACGGUGGCCAAGUCUAAGAAGCAAACUCUCUCUGGGGGCCCGUCCUCUGCUGAAGAGACCGCCCACCCAGGGCCUCAGCUCGGGGUCUCGGGGGGGCAACCCCUGGCCUUGGGGCCAGGUCGAUCCUCACAGCCUCGAAAGAGAAGGGGCAACCCGUUUGUCUCGGGGACGAGGAAGAAGCGGCGCCGUAGCCUAUGUAGCCUGGCCUUGCGAUGCCGCCUCGCCGGCAGACUCCCACAGAUCCCUGAGGUCCCUCUGUGCCCACUCACAGAGCCUCGCCUACCCCAGGGGUCUUCUCUGCGCAUCCCGUCAUCAUGUGUGUCCCUUAGCCCUCUUGUCACGGAAAGCUGCUUUGGAGCCUCUCCGGUCUCUAGGUCAUCUGCCCACUUUCUAGAAGGGAGCCUGGCUGGGGUACUUUUCUCUGGGGAGCUUCUCUCUGCCUCCCUGGAGGAGGCGGACGCCGGGGCCAGAGCGACCCUCAGCACAGCCAGGGCCCUUCCUGGGGAGGGGUUUGACAGCAGGAAAGGCGCGGGUCUAGGGGACACGGCUCUCUGCCGGGGCACAGGAGCUGACGUCUGCGCGGCCCAGUGGAGCGCUGGCGCGUGGCGAGGCGGCAGCUCCCCGGAAUCCUAA